CGUGACUCAGUCGGCCGCAGUCGACAGCGCAGCAGCGGCCGCUUCCUCGACUACUCGCAACUCUCGCAAGCAGGCAGGUGAGCUCGGAGCCGCCUCCUAGACAGAGUUCGGUCCGCGCUUUCCUCAACCGGCGGUAGUUUCCCUGACCGCUCAGUCUCAUCACGCAAGGCGCAGACUGUGAACGUCGCUCGGUCGCGCCGCCCGCCACUCGCGCCGCGCUCGCCCGUCGCCGCAUGUCGCCCGCGUAAGUGUUCUAACAACAAAAAUAAACAAACGGACACUACUUCAAUGAGUGCGGACGGAGAAUACAUUGCUACAAAUUUCAACAACAUGAGAAACAACGUCAAACCAUCAUUUUGGGGCCAGCGGAGCAAGAUGGAGAAACGCCUGCUGUUGGUUGCCGGCGUGACCAGCGCUCUGGCCGUCGCCUUCUGCGUGGCCUUCGUGCUAUCGCUGCUGCUCCGCCCCACGCCUGCCCAGCCCGACAUGCCACAAACUAGUGAACUGAGAUUUUCUGAAUCCAUGCCGCCUGCCACCAAUUCCAAAGGGUCCGACGAGAAGAUCUGCAGCCAGCCGGGGUGCGUCCACACAGCGUCAAAACUGCUAUUGAACAUGGACGAAAAAGUAGACCCGUGCGACGACUUCUACCAGUUCUCGUGCGGGUCUUUCCUGAAGAGCACUCGCAUCCCCGACGACAAGACCUCCGUCAACACCUUCUCCAUCAUCACCGACCAGCUGCAGGAGCAGAUCCGGGCGCUGCUCGACGAGCCCGUGGCGCCCCAAGAGCCGCGCCCCUUCGUGCUCGCCAAGACCUUGUACCAGGCCUGCAUGAACAGAAGUUCGAUCGAGACGCGCGGCACGGCGCCUCUGCUGGAGAUGCUGCGGCGGCUGGGCGGCUGGCCGGUGCUGGACGGGCCAUCCUGGAACGAGAACGCGUUCUCCUGGGAGAAGUCCGUCUACAAGUUCCGGGCCGCGGGCUACUCCGUCGACUAUUUCUUUGACUUCUCCAUCGGAGUCGACGUCAAGAACUCAACUAAGAGAAUCAUCGAUUUGGACCAAGCGUCGCUCGGACUCAGCCGGGAGUACUUGAACCGCGGGAUGAGCGACAAGCUGGUGCAGGCGUACUAUGACUACAUGGUGGACAUCGCCGUGCUGCUGGGCGCGGACCGCGCGCGCGCGACUACCGAGCUCAAAGACUCGCUGCAGUUCGAGAUGAAACUCGCUAACAUAUCCCUGCCUCUUGAAAAACGGCGUAACGCUACUAGCCUUUACAAUCCUAUGACCAUUGCCCAGAUGCAAGAAAAAUUCCCUAGGAUCCCUUGGCUGGAAUAUAUAAACAAUCUUCUAGCGCCUCAUACGCAGGUCGGAUUAGACGAAAUUGCUAUAGUCAAUGUGCCCAAAUACUUCUCGGAACUCGAGAAUCUCCUGGAAACUACCCCAAAGCGUGUCCAGGCGAAUUACGUGAUGUGGCGUGUGGCGGGGGCGUCCGUGUCGUACCUGACGGAGGCGCUGCGUCGGCGCCAGCUGACGUACGUGACGGCGCUGUCGGGGAAGACCGAGCGCGAGAGCCGCUGGAAGGAGUGCGCCGACACCACCAGCGUCAGUAUGUCAAUUGCUGUGGGAGCUCUAUAUAUCCGAAAAUAUUUCAAUGAAAACUCGAAGGCCAACGCUCUUGAAAUGGUGAAUGACAUUAGGCAACAGUUCCGCCAGACUCUGGAGGAGGUGGAGUGGAUGGACGAGCGCACGCGCCGCGCCGCUCUCGACAAGGCCGACGCCAUGGCCUCGCACAUCGCCUACCCCAGCGAGAUGCUCGACGACGAGAAGCUUAUUAACUUUUACGGUGGAUUAGAGAUGACGUCGGACAAGCUAAUGGAGUCGGUGCUGAAUCUGACCCUGUUCGGAACGGAGUACCUGUUCGGCAAGCUACGCGAGCCCGUCAACAAGACCGACUGGGUCACCCACGGCCGCCCCGCCAUCGUCAAUGCUUUCUACUCCUCCAUUGAGAACAGCAUCCAGUUCCCUGCCGGUAUCCUACAAGGCGCGUUCUUCUCGGCCAAGCGCCCCGCAUACAUGAACUAUGGCGCUAUAGGAUUCGUUAUCGGCCACGAGAUCACGCACGGCUUCGACGACCAGGGACGGCAGUUUGACAAGAACGGCAACUUAAUUGACUGGUGGCAGGAGUCGACCAAACAGGAGUAUCUGGAGAAAGCCAAGUGCAUCAUAGACCAGUACUCCAACUACACAGUCAAGGAAGUCGGAAUGAAGCUUAACGGCGUUAACACUCAAGGAGAGAACAUCGCUGACAACGGUGGUAUCAAGGAGGCGUACUAUGCGUACCAGGCCUGGACUCAUCGUCACGGCGAAGAGCAACGGCUACCUGGCCUCGAAAAAUACACUCCUCGACAGUUGUUCUGGCUGAGCGCAGCCAACACGUGGUGCGCGGUGUACCGCAACGAGGCGAUCAAGGUGCGCAUCACGACCGGCUUCCACGCGCCCGGCCGCUUCCGCGUCAUCGGGCCCAUGUCCAACAUGGAGGAGUUCGCCAAGGACUUCAAGUGCCCGCUCGGCUCCCCGAUGAACCCGGUCAACAAAUGCAAAGUUUGGUAGUCCUCGGAGGUGCUCAGGUGGCUGAAUCGACAUUGGGCUGGCCUGUCCCUCGAUCGUGAGCACGCACGUGCAUCGUCUUACCACUUUAAAACCACACCUCACAGCUCAACGAAAACGCCGCGUGCCGAUUUUUAAGCAACGUUCGUUGCUUCUACGUGAAAGUUUUCUCGCAGUACAUUGCACCUGAUUAACACGUGUUCAGUAAUCUGUCUGUACUGUCAACGUACUAGCUCGAUGGCCGACGUAGAAUCACUAUAGUGCGAAAGGUAGUAGUGUGGUAUGUUUGUCAAAUUUAGAUGGAGACCUGAGUAUUCAAUUAUAUAGUUAAACCUUUGUAAAUAUAUCUAUGUCAUAUGACUUUUAAUCAAAUUGUGUGUUUAUAAAAUAGGAUCAAAUGUUACACUGAGCGAGCGCGAAAUCGUCAGUCGAUGGGUACGUUGUAUAAGUAGAAUUACAUUCUAAGCUUGUACAUUUAAGUAGGUACAAAUAAAUUAAAGUCUAGAAUUUAGUUCCAGUAAAUUAAAUUGUUUAAAUUUAUAUACCUGCAUACCACUUAUGGACAGUCAGCAUCAAAUAGAUGGCAAUGGCCCGACUGGACAAAUACGGUGUGUAAAUUAAAUACGGGCGAAAAUGUAUACGGUGGUUAGCAUAGGACCUAAGAAGUAGAUAUUGAAAUAGAUUUCGCUUAGAAAUACAAUGAAAAUUUUAACCAUACAAAAUAAUUCGGCCCGCAAUGUAAUAAAAUAAAAUACAUAAGUACACAAUAAAAUAUACAAUGCGGGAUAUGAGAUUGUUUUCAGUAUGUCGUAAUGUCAUGUCAUCGUGUAUUUUAAUGUUUCCAGUACAUUAAUUGCUGCUCGGUAAAUUUAUAAAAUAUAAUUACGGUCUCAUAAUAGAGUGUAACUUAAAAAUACUUCUUAAUUAAUAUAUAAGGAUGUGUUCCGAUAUAUGUAUUUGGCCACUCUGCCCGUCACUAUCUAUUUGAUCCAACUGCACCUACCCACGUUCCACUAAAACUACAAGGACAUAAUUAUUAGUUUCUAAUAGGUAUAUUUGUUGUCUAAUUUAUUACAAUUUUCGAGGAUAAGACAGCCGAUUUGUACGGAAACUCAUAGUUUAGCGGAUGGUGCUGGGCCUAAAAUACGGCGUUGCGUGAACAAGAGAUUUCCUUUGGCAGGAUUGGUCCUUAGGACCCAAGGAUGGAUUUAAGAAGUGGAGCCACCGAGAUUUUUGAUGUAAAUAUUUAGGGGGGGGGGGGGGGGGGGGGGCUCUCAACUUGAUCUUGAUGUCUAUAUCAUUUAAGCUACUAGGCCAAGUUUGGUAUAGUUUUCGUAUAAAUCGGGGAUGCCGAAUUCAUCUCUGAUAUCAUAAUGACACCAUUCAGAAGUAAAAACACAUAAAAUAUGAAAAAAAUACUUUUUUUUAAAUUCCUCUUCACGCUUAAACCGCUAAACCAAUUUAGUUAAAAUUUGGUACAGAGAUAGUUUGAGUUCCAGGGAAUAACAUAGCCUACUUUAAAUCUCAAAAAUCAUCCUUUAAGGGUGUGAAAAGGGAGGUGGAAAUUUGUAUGGGGAUUCAAUAACCGCUGAACCGAUUUAGAUAAAAUUUGCUAUAGAGAUAUUUUGAGUCUCGGGGAAGAACAUAGGAUAGCUUUUAUUCAAAAAAAAAAUCUCUUAAAAGUGAAAAGGAUGGUGUAAGAUUGUAUGGGGAAUCAAUAACGGCUGAACCGAUUUAGAUGAAAUCUAUGUCUACAUCUUUGAUUUACUUGAAAAUUAUACUAAACUUGAGAUAGAACCUAAACUUAAACAAUUAUUAACAUCAGAUGUCGCCGACGCUUAAAACCCCCCCACCCCCCACCUGCAUCAAAAAUUUGGGUGGCUCCACUUCUUAAAUCCAUCCUUGGGUCCUAAGGACCAAUCCUGCCAAAGGAAAUAUCUUGUUCGUGCAACGCCGUGGUUGACCUUUUUAUGCUCUGAGCACACUCAACUAGUUACUUAACAUCGGCUUGUAUUUAUGUCUACUGUAUGUAUAGUAUCUUGCUCCUAGCAGGUAAGUAAGUAAAUGAACACUGAUAAUUUAAUUUUUAGCAUAAGUAGAUAAGUAUUACACUUUUGGAUACAAACUUAUUGUUGUGAGUCUUUAAACACAAAUAAAACAACAUUUUUAAAA